CUGGGUCAUAGACUUUGGUGACCGUGGCCUGAAUGCUAUCCUGAGGAAUCUCACGUACUGCUGUGACAAUGCUGCAGAGAGGAGGAGCACAUACGAGUGUGUACGGUGCAUGAAAGCUUUCAUGAACAACACGUUUGGUUUGAAGCGCAUCCUAGAACACGAGGAGGCCCUGACCAUCAUGUCGCGGACCGUGGACCCGGCCGACCAUCCCACCAUGCUGGAGGCAGUGCGGCUCUUGGCCGCUAUCUGUCUAGUUCCCCCCAAUGGUCAUGACAAAGCCCUGGAAGGCAUCACGGUGUGCGGAGAGAUCAGGAGUCAGGAGCGGUUCAUCCCAAUCAUCAAUGGCCUAGGCAUGAGGGAUAACCUGCCCAUGCAGGUGGCCUGUAUACAGCUGGUGAACGCCAUUGUGAGUACGCCGGACGACCUUGACUUCAGGAUGCACCUACGGAAUGAGUUCAUGCGCACAGGACUCAUUGAUCUCAUAGGGUGGUUGGAUGCCCAGGAGGAUGAAGAACUGAGGACCCACCUUCACAUUUUUCAUGAGCACAAAGAUGAGGACAUGGAGGAGUUUUCUCAUCGCUAUGACAACAUACGCCUGGAGAUUGAAGACCCCCGGUCAUGCUUCAACCUCUUGCUGGGCACGGUCAACAAUACAGUGUCAGAGCCCUACUUUCUGUCUAUCUUGCAGCACCUUCUGUCUAUCCGAGACGACAUGAACGCCAGACCCCAGUACUAUAAGUUGAUUGAAGAGUGUAUCACACAAAUCGUUCUUCAUCGAAGCGGUGUAGACCCUGACUUCAGAUAUACUCGACGGUUUGAAAUUGAUGUGGAACCCCUGCUGAGCAGCCUGUCAGACCGGUCCAAGUUUGAAGACACGGGUGACAUCAGCGUGGCCGACAUCACACUCAAGCUGGACAGUGCGCUGACCGCCAAGCAGGAGUCGGAGGCCAAGGCCACCAGCCUGGAGAGCAAAGUCCAGCAGUACGAGCUGGAGCUGUCGCAACUCAAAGAGAAGAUCAACCAAGGCAUCGGAGCCAACAUCAGCGCAGCUUUAGAGAAAGGAGCAGCGGGGGCCGGGGGAGGAGGCGGGCCGCCCCCUCCCCCUCCACCACCACCCCCACCUCCCCCGGGCGGGGGCCCACCCCCUCCCCCUCCUCCCCCACCUCCACCCCUACCCGGUGGCGGCCCCCCUCCCCCUCCUCCUCCCCCUCCACCGCCUGGAGGUGGCCCCCCUCCUCCGCCUCCUCCUCCUGGUAUGGGCCCCCCUCCACCCCCUGGCGGGGGCCCUCCCCCUCCCCCCGGCAUGAUGCCCUCUCCCCAGUCCAACCAGUUGCCUUAUGGUAUGAAGCAGAAGAAGAAAUACUCAACCAACACGCAGACAAAGAGAUUGAAUUGGAACAAGGUCAAUGCCAAAGCUUUGGACAAAGAGUCUUUGUGGGUAAACCUGCACGAGGAAGAGUUUGAAAAUCCGGAGAUCUUCAGUAACUUAGAGACCAUGUUCUCCACCAAAGCCCCUCCCAAAAAGAUUGAAAGUGAAGCAUCAGAAAGACCUGCCAAAAAGGGCAAGGAGUUGAAAGUACUCGAUAUGAAAUCGGGUCAAAAUUUGUCUAUUCUAUUGGGCUCCAUCAAAAUUCCGUACGAGGAGAUCCGACGUCGCAUCCUGGCGGUGGACGAGGAUAACCUCACGGCAGCCAUGUUGGAACAGCUCCUCAAGUACAUGCCGGAGCCUGAGCAGAUGAAGAGGCUCGCCGAGUUCAAGGACGAUUACAAGAACCUGGCGGAACCAGAACAGUUUGCUGUCACAAUGUCGUCGAUCAAACGCAUCACUCCGAGAUUGUCCUCAAUGUUGUUCAAAAUGCGCUUCCCAGAACUUGUAUCCGAUGUGAAGCCGGACCUGGUGGCAGCCACAGAGGCGUGUGACGAGGUGAGGAGCAGCAGGAAGUUUGCCAAGCUGCUGGAGCUGCUGCUCAUGAUGGGCAACUACCUCAACUCGGGCUCCAGGAACGCACAGUCCCUCGGCUUUGAUAUCAGCUUCUUGACGAAGCUGGAGAAUACUAAAAGUCAGGACGGCUCCAUGACCAUGCUACACUUCCUAGCUCAGAUCUUGGAGGACAAGUAUCCAGACAUUUUGGGCUUCAUGGAUGAGAUGAUCCACGUGGAUAAGGCAGCCAGAGUUCCUCCAGACGGGCAAGGACCAGCACGAGGUGUUGGAAACCAUGUUCAAGAAGCUCGAGUCUCUCUACGCCAGCACUGCUAAGUACUUCGCCUUUGACCCCAAGAAGUACACCAUGGAGGAGUUCUUUGGAGACCUCAAGAACUUCAAGGAUGGCCUCCAGAAAGCUUUGAAGGAGAAUGCCAAGUUACGAGAGACACAGGAAAAGAUAAGGAGAGCGAAAGAAGCCAAGGAAAAGGCCGAGAGGGAGAAGAAGGAGAAGAAGCUCAGACAGGCAGCCAUUUUGGACAUGACAAACAACGACAACCAGGAAGGUGUCAUGGAUAACUUGUUAGAAGCCUUGAAGACAGGCUCAGCCUUCAACGUGAACCGGGAGAAGCGAGAGGGCAAACGACGGACGCCGCGGGCUGCAGGAGCUGAGAGGCGGGCACAGCUAGCGCGCUCACGGUCACGACAGAACCUGUACAACGUGGAUGCUUCGACUCUGCGAGAGAUUGACUUUGAUGACUCCAAUGUCAGCUCCUCCCCAAACUCCAGCGUCGCUCAGGAAAACGCGAAAAACCGCAGCCGAGGGAAGAGAGAUGACAGUGAGUCGGAGGCGGAGCAACUGCUGGAGAGACUGAAGGCAUUGUGAUUGGCUGACUGGUGAAGAAAUGUUGUGUGAUUGGCUGAUUGGUGAAGAGGUGUUGUAUGAUUGGCUGAUUGGUGAAGAGGUGUUGUGUGAUUGGCUGAUUGGUGAAGAGGUGUAUGAUUGGCUGACUGAUGAAGAGGUGUUGUAUGAUUGGCUGAUUGGUGAAGAGGUGUUGUAUGAUUGGUCAGAAGAAAGGAAGUGCUGAAAGCAGUGUGGAUGGCUGAAUGUCGGAGGCAGCUUGUAAAACUAGAUAAAAUGAUGGAGAAAAGCGUCAUGAUUGGGUUUAUAGUUGAUUGAAUGAAAGAGGCAGCUUUUUUCAAUAUUUUUUUUUUUUUUGUUUCAGGGGAUUUUCCUGUAUAAGGCUGAAUGAAAAUACUUUGUUUGGGUCUUUUUAAAAAACGUGGGUGUUUAAUCAAAAGUAUGAAAUGGUGUAACUAGAGGGUUAGAGCUGUGGCUGGUACAAACUUUGUAUAAAAAAGAGUGGAGCAACUGCCUGACGUUGUCAUAGAAUUGUUUAUAUAUAUACGGUAUAUAUAUAUAAGCAUGAAUAUUCUGUUUUCUUAUCUUGUGAAUCCUUCCAUGUAUAAUAAUAAAUCUUUGUUGGUUGGUCAUAAUUUCUGUAGAUGUGUUUGCCCCCUCUCUCGACAUGGACUCUUUGACUAAAUGUUCAAAGUUGUUGAGAUAUUUGUAUAGCAUGCAGGCGGGGGGAUGUCUGCUUGCUGUACGAUACUAGUUUGUCUUCGUCUUUAGUUGCUGGCAGCCCUCUCAGACACGCCCUCUUCUACUCUCAUUUAGACGCUCUUGCAACUUAAGCGUAUGACACAAAUUUGUUGUCUCAUGCUGCCUUGUAUCCACUAUCAGGAAUGUACAUGCCAGUUAUCAUUUUUCUUUGCUUUAAAUAUUCCAGACAAUUCAUAUGCUUCAUUCAAGGAUUUGCCUCUCACAGUGUCUUACGUUAAUAAAGCUGUCAGGACUUCUCUGUUGACAUCCACCCCUUGGCGCUCAUAUGACCUUAUGCAGUUGCGAGCGCAGUAAAACCUCUACUAAAACUAAAACUAAACGUCAAUAAAUAUCACCAUGAGAUUGGGCUAUAGAAUAUAAUGCAGAAAACAUGAGGGAAAAGGGGAGGGGUGGGGAAACAGCUGGCUUAGUCUUUAGAUUUUGUCUGCUGCAGUUUUUUAAUUUACUUUUUUCACCCUUUCACGAACAUGGUUCUAAUGGCAGAAGUGGCAGUGGAGUUUUUGAAAGAUCCCCCCCCCCCCCCCCCCCGUUAGUGUUAAACGUGGCUUGUGAUUAUGGUAGUUUCUAUCUUGCGUUGUUCCAUGUUUUGAUUUAUCUUUUGUAGGAAGCAUUUGAUGUUUUUAGUUGAUUGUAAUUGUUUCCGUCUAAAAAAACCUGAAUGGUAGCUUCUUAAAUAUGUUUUAGGAUAAGUUUCGAAAGUGUUAGGAAUUAGAACACAUUCAGUUUUCAUCCAUUGUAGACUUUUGGUUGGUUUCAUUUUGUUGAGUAUUUAAAUCUGUGUUACGACUAUUGAAAUCAAAGACUUUUCCCAUCUAUAUUUCUAAAGUUCCCUUGUUUAGUUUUAAAGUAUUCAGGGCUUCUUGUUACUGUAAGUUGGGGAAAGGGAAACGGGGAAUAACUAAACUGUUUACAACAAUUCUAGCAAUCUGGUCAGCAGGAAAUGAUACUGUCGUAAAUCAUGAUUCUAGAUUUUUUUUUUGACAUUUGCAUUGUCAUGUGCAGCAACAGGGUGCGUCACAUCACAUUGCAACAUAAAUGAGGUAUAAUUUUCACAAUGAUGAAUUCUUGAUACAAUUUUUUAUUUUCAUCUUGUCAUGAAAAGUACAAAUACAAAUUUUGUCAAUAUUAUUGUGCCAGGAAGCGAGAUAACAUUGACAAAUGUCUUUUUAUUUACCCCACCAUUAUUGGUAAUGUCUAUUAGAGUUGCUAAAGGUUUCUUAAAAUUUUUUUGGUUAUGAAACUGAUCUUCCUAUGAGAUUGUAAGUGAUUAUAGACACCUGGCCAAUGGAUGUCGUAAGAAGAUGGUGAUUGAAAGAGAGGAAAUAAUUGUGUGAGGAAUUCUGUAAAUAAAAUUCAAGUUGUACAUUGCGUGUAUCUUUCGUUGUAGUUCAGGUGAACAUGUUACAAAACUGAAAUAUUAUCUCUUAUUGGAAAUAAAUGCAUAAAUGGAGCCAACAUGAAAUGGGAAAAUUACCAAAGUGAAAUAUAAUAAUAAACGAGAGAUGUAAUCGGUCACCUUGUAAUGUAUGCUAACAGCUCUAAAACAUAAAGAUAAAGAUAAUCAUUAACAUGUGCUUUCUGUUCUCCUCACUCUUAUUCUCAUACUCUUGUGAGCAACUUCCGGUACCGUUCACAACUAUAAAAUUGUAGAUAGGAUGAGGAAGUUUGUAAUAUAUUAAAAAUCUAAUUUGUCCUUUAGCAUGAAUUUAAUAUUUGUCUUUACUUGAAGAAACAGCUUUUCGACUGACUGAAUUGUGGGUCAU